AGUCGAGGGUGCUUGAUGGAAAGAUGGGGGAAGGGGUUGCACAGAUUGGAGGAGCGAGGAGACUCAGUCCCCAUCCCGAAGCACCAGGCAGGGCGUCGCGGCGGAGUGGGGGAGCGCUUAGGCCAUGGCCGGGAGCUUGGAGGUCAGGGGAAGUACAGGGCUGGGUGCUCCGCGUGCGGGACGGGAGUCCCUCCCUUCCCUCCAGCUGAGUUUGAGAAAGCUGCAGAAGAAGUUAAGAACCUUAAGACCAAGCCAGGAGAUGAUGAAAUGCUUUUCAUCUACGGCCACUACAAACAAGCGACUGUGGGUGACAUAAAUACAGAACGGCCUGGGAUGUUGGACUUCAAGGGCAAGGCCAAGUGGGAUGCUUGGAAUGAGCUGAAAGGGACUACCAAGGAAGAUGCCAUGAAAGCUUACAUCAACAAAGUGGAAGAGCUAAAGAAAAAAUACGGGAUGUGAGAGACUGGAUUUGGUUGCCAAGCCAUGUGUUUAUCCUAAACUGAGACAAUGCCUUGUUUUUUCUAAUACUGUGGAUGGUAGGAAUUCGGGAAAAUAACCAGUUAACCCAGCUACUCAAGGCUGCUCACCAUAUGGCUCUAAAAGAUUAUGGGCUAAAACGAUUACUGACCUUCCUUGAGUAGUUUUUAUCUGAGAUCAAUUAAAAGUGUAUUUGUUAAUUUAAAGAA